UUACGUUAGUGAAUUAAACUUGGCCAGCGUUGGGCGCGGGUAGGCGCGGAUCAUGGUAGGCACACUCUCGAGGUGUCUACUCGGCCCGGUUGGCGAUGAAGCCGGCGGCGAGGAGGCCCGGCAUGAGGAUUUCGGGCACGUAGUGCAUCGGAUACUUCUGCUUGUAGGUGCCGAAGAGGUCGAACUUGGCGUUGUACGGGCAGGCGAUGGCGAUGCCGGCGACCCAGGCCAUGGCCAUCUUGAACGCGUCCUCCGUGUCGAGCUUCGUCAGCGCCCACAUGCCGGCGGCCACGGAGACGCCGUGGCCGCGCCAGGCGAAGUCCGUCAUCUUGGUCGCCUUCUCUUCAAAAUGGUCGUUCUGGAUCUUCGACGGCACGAGGAGCAUCUGCGCGGCGUAGAGGCCCCAGGCGACGUUGACGGCCUUGACGACGCCGGCCUUGUCGAUGCCGCCGCCGCGCACGGCGAGCGCCUUCGGCUGCUGCUUGAGGGCCGUGGCCGUCGCGAGGAGGGCGAGGAGCUUCAUCAUGGUGCGAAAGAUCUGCGUUGCGGCGGCGGCGUGGGCGCGGCGGCGGCGUUAGGCGGCGACGGCGUGACCGCGGCGGCGGCGUUAGGCGAAACUCGAUUGUGCUGCCCCGUUUUCGGCGCGCGGCCGCCGAAAGCGCGGGAAAGUUGGGGAGCGCGGCUGCGCCGUAGCGCGGCGGCCCGCGCGGGGGUCGCGUCGAGCAAGGGUGCAGUGGGGACGCCGCUGCGCGCGAUAUUCCGGUUCUUCUUC